GUGGAAGCAGAAUCAGUUGCAGUUGUUCGAAAAAGGAGUAUUGAUAAAAGGAGACAUGACCAUUGGCUUCGGUUCAUUGAAGGAUUGAACCUGAAUCGGUCCGUAUAAACUCCCAAGAUUCCACUUUAAGCCCAAUUCCAGUUCAAGUUCUGAUUCAAUCCACUUUGGCCAGAUUUUAAUAAAAUCCAACGUUGAAAUGGUUUUGGUCUGAAGUCAAAUCAGCUGCUUCCUAUUUGAUUUGGUUUUGAUUCAAAAUCGAUUUUAGAAUAGAUCAAUGUCAAAAGGUUUCUGUCUGGGUACGCAAAGAUCAAACCGAUAAUAAUAGACCUCUUUGACUUUUAAUCCUCGAAGAACCCCGUCCAACUUGUUCAUCUCAUCAUUUGACUUUUCGUAUCUUAUCUUCUUUUAUAUCCAUACAUACAUAUUGAGAUCAAUACAUGGCUAAAACAGGAUACAACCAUAGCAGAAAGAAAAAUGUAUGUGACAAGGCCUCUUUCUAUGUACAAAAGAGAUCCUUCAGCUCUUUCACUACCACCUCCUGAAGGCCCAAAUUCUGGUAUACUGGUCAUCCAAGAUGAAGAAGCUGAGCCUACCUGUUUUUUUGGAUUGCUCAAGAGCCAUCAACUCAAGAAUCUGCCUUUCCCUCAAAACAAGAAUCUUCAAGUUCGCUAUGAAUCUGGUGGACAGAACAACCAUGUUUCAGUUAACCGUGUUCUUUUUAUUCCUGUUCUUAAUCUCCCACUUUCUUCCAAUCGGUACUACGUGAUAGAGCGAAAGGGAUCGGAUAAAGGGAAAGCGUAUUCAAGCUCAAAUGAUGAGGACAACAUGGAGAUGUGCUGCUUUGGUUGCUGUAUUCCUGACAUGGAGCCACAGGCUUUGGAUCCCAGUGACAUAUAUCAACAAUUUGAGGUCCACAAAAGAGAUUGGGGAGGCUAUGUUGCCAAGUCUGUAGCUGCAGAUGGCAACCCUCCAGGAUUCUUAAGGAGAAAAGGAUGGCGAGUGUCAACCUCAACCCCGCAUGAUUUCACAUUGAAUGAAGCACCAGGGAUUGACAGAAACCUCCGUGCUCGCCUACCGGAUUUCAAUUUCCCAUUAUCAGAAAAAACUUCUGCACCUUUGGUAGUAGGAAAAUGGUAUAUUCCGUUCAUGUUCAUCAAAGAAUUAGGAAAGCUGAAAGAUCAGAUGAGCUGUUCAAGGUAUUAUAAGAUGACACUGGAGCAAAGAUGGGAACGAAUUUUUGAGUGUGAUAAUGUUGAAGGCAAAAGCUCUGUGGCUGUGGAUGUUGUUGGCGAGAAAGAAGUGGUUGCAGUUGCUGGAAGGGAAGCUGCGGUGGAUGAAAAUCACGUGGGAGAUGGUGGGGUGGUGUGGCUUAGGAGCAGUGAUGAUGAGGGCAGAGAAGUGAGUGUGGGAUUGAGUUUGGGAGUUGUUGAGAGAAUGAAGUGGGAGGAAGAAAGAGGGGGAUGGGAUGGUGAGGGAGAGAGGAGAGUGAGGGUGAAAAGAGUGGAGGAAUUUGGAGGGAUUGGUGGGUGGAAAAAAUUUGGAUGUUACGUGAUGGUUGAGAGAUUUGUACUGAAGAGAAUGAAUGGAAGCUUGGUGCUCAUUUGGGACUUCAUGCACAGUCACCAAAUUAGGAGCAAAUGGGAAUGAGAACUUUCUUUUUUUUUUUUUCUUUUUAUGUCCAUAAAUGUUUUUAUUUUAUUUAUUAAUUCACUCCUUCUAUGUU